CGUCGGCGUUCCGCGGUGAACGGCGCCGCGUGCGCGCGGCCGGGGGCGAGGGGCGCGAACGUCACGGCAGGUGAAUAAAGGCGUAUUGCCUUCGCGGCGACUUCUUUCCAGUCCGAGAGAUACGCGCGCCGCCUCCGACCCUCGCCCGGAGAUGGCGCCACUCGCCCCCUCCGCCGGUGACCCUUCUCGCGGUCGACCUCGACGCUUUCCUUUCUUUCCCAUCGCGGACCGACCCGGUCUCGAUCGCCCCUUAACCGACGCAAGAAUCCAGACAUACGAAACGUCGCGAAUGGCCCGAUUUUCCGGGAAAAUUCGACCGUUUCGAUCGGUAUGGCCGUCGAGAAGACGACGCAAACGUAAAUGAGAAAUUACGCAACGCGGAUACCUCACCGAGGCGCGUCUCACGACUCCAACGAUUCGGGAAGACCGACUCGUGGGGAAUUCGAGUACCGGAGAGCGACUAGCUGCGUCGUCAUCGAAGCGGCAGGGAGGUGGCCUCUCUGGAUGUAAACAAGCAGCGGACCGGACGACGCUUCGCGUCCCGCUCGGAUUCUACGAACGCGUAACGUACGCGACCGCGGGCGUCUCGGUCUAGUUCCUUGCCGUUACGCCGACGCGUCUCGUUACGCGGCCGUUUAACGCCUCUCCCCGCGGUCGGCGACAUCGGCGUAUCGGACCACGGGCCGGGAUGUCGCGUCGCGCCGCGACCCUAAGCGGUAACGAAGAGGACGCGAAAGUGCAGGAGGCCGCAAAGGAGCAACGGCGCUCGGUCCUCGGUCCGGCCCUAAGGACGGCGGCCAUCGGCGCGGGAGUGCAGCCCCCGCUGCCGUCCGGCUACCGCGACGCCGUGCCGCCCCGAAGCGGGGACGGUGAUUCGACAUUUGGCGCCGCGGCGAUGGUGGCAGCCGCCACCGCUACGGCCACCGCCACAGCCAGCGUGGUGGCCAUGCAGGACCGCCAGGACAUACCCACGCAGUUCAAUCAGAUGCAAAGCCAACAUGGGAUACCCCACCAGGCGUACAACACGGGGUAUGCCCAACGAGGACCAAUGGCUGGGAUGGGGCCAGUCGGGAUAAACAAUUUUAACGGCAUGGGCUCGAUGGGUCCCAUGCACUCCAUGAAUUCCAUGAAUUCGAUGAACGGGAUGAGCGGGAUGAACUCGAUGAAUCCGAUGACCAUGGGAGGGAUGAACGGGAUGAACGGGAUGACCGGGAUGACCGGGAUGAGCGCCAUGGGUACCAUGAGCAACAUAGGCGCCAUGGGGAUGAGCACCAUGAUGGGACCCAACAACGUGCAGAUGAACAAGAUGAGCAUGCAGACUCAGCCCCAACAAGGUUACCCGAGGAGACUGGCUCCGUAUCCCAACCCGGCCAUGCACAUGGCGCAGAAGAGGCAGCAAGGUUCCUACGCCGCCCCGAAUCCCGCGGGCAUGCAGCCCGGUUUCAGUGGGCCGGGCAUGCCCACGGCCCAGUACCCGACCGGCGGCUAUCCGGCCACCAGGCCGAACUUCCAGCCCCAGUACCAGCCUAUGCAGAGCAUGAGCCCCGCCGGGGCUGCCGGGUUCGCCCCCGGUGCCAUGAUCCGCGGGGCCAGCAUGAGGCAGGCCACUCCGUCCUACAACGGCCCCACGCAAGCCGGUCAGUAUUAUGGCGCCAACGGGGUGCCGGUUAGCAUGGGGCCGACCAACGUCGGCAACCAAUUCGUCGGGCAUCAGCAGCCCACCCCGAGCUACGGGACCGCUACCUACGCCGCGACCAGCCAGUACCAGCAGGACGUCUCCACGAUGAGGACGCCGGGCGCAGGGAACAUGACCUACCAGCACAGCCCCAUUCCCGGUAACCCGACGCCGCCGUUGACGCCAGCCAACAGUAUGCCUCCUUACAUCAGCCCCAACCCGGACAUCAAACCUAAUUUCAACGAGAUCAAGUCUCCGGUCAAUAUUCAGAAGGACGACGAGCUGAGACUAACAUUCCCCGUGCGGGACGGCAUAAUCCUCCCACCUUUUCGCCUGGAGCACAAUCUGGCAGUAAGCAACCACGUGUUCCAGCUAAAGUCUACGGUCCAUCAAACGCUGAUGUGGCGGUCGGACUUGGAACUCCAACUCAAGUGUUUCCAUCACGAGGACCGGCAGAUGAACACCAACUGGCCAGCCUCGGUUCAGGUGUCGGUCAACGCGACUCCUCUCGUCAUCGACAGAGGCGAGAACAAAACCUCUCACAAGCCUCUAUACCUGAAGGAUGUAUGCCAACCGGGUCGUAACACUAUCCAGAUUACGGUAUCGGCGUGUUGCUGCUCCCACCUGUUCGUUCUUCAAUUGGUCCAUCGCCCGAGCGUACGAAGCGUCUUGCAAGGACUGUUACGAAAAAGGCUGCUCACCGCGGAGCACUGCAUCACGAAGAUUAAGAGGAACUUUAACAAUACCAUGUCGAGCAAUGGUAUGCAGCCCGAGAAAGACGUCGUCGAACAAACAGCACUAAAGGUAUCGUUAAAAUGUCCUAUCACCUUCAAACGUAUAACACUGCCAGCGAGAGGGCACGAUUGCAAGCACAUACAGUGCUUCGACCUGGAAUCGUACCUGCAAUUGAACUGCGAAAGGGGGUCCUGGAGAUGUCCUGUUUGCACUAAGCCCGCGCAAUUGGAAGGCCUGGAAGUCGACCAGUACAUGUGGGGUAUUCUGAACACGACGCUGAACACGGUGGAAGUCGAAGAGGUAACGAUAGACUCGGCGGCCAACUGGAAACCGGCGAAAAGCUUGACUGGAAUCAAAUCCGAAGAAGAGAACGACUGCAAAAGAUUGACGAAAGCGAUGUCGCCGGGUAGUAUGAACAUGCCGACGAUGAACAACUGGGACAUGAACCAGGCGAUGAGCCCUUACAUACCACCGGACAUGAACAGUAUCGUUAGCGGUUCCAUGAUGAACAACACGCCACCCAAUUACGGAACCAACGGCAUAAAUCAUCGGAAUUCCUCCGGAGGGUCGUACGAUAUCAACUCCGGAUCGAACACAUCCGGGAGCAACGAUUAUUCCAACGGGGCAGGACCCCUCUCGCACUUAAACGAUUCCGUGAAUUCCCUGGACCCUCUCAACGCGAUGGAGAAGUCACUUAACGACCAGAUGCCCCAUACGCCGCACACGCCGCACACCCCUCACACGCCGCACACACCUGGCGGAGGUAACAGCGGACCACCCAGCGUUCCCCCGGCUUCGCAGGAAUCCACCGGGAAUCACAACUCGUCCGGCGGUACGAAUACGAACCUCGGUAACGACACCACGGACAUACCUUCGGACUUGAAUUUUGACCCCGCCGCGGUCAUCGACGGCGAAGGCACGGGUCAAGAAGCUCUGAACCUGUUGCCGGACAACGUGGUCGAUCCCAUGGAAUUGCUGUCUUAUCUGGAUCCACCGGAUCUGAACACACCACCCAGUAGCGGAGCCAGCAGCGGUAAUCCGUCAUCGAGCGACGACAUUCUAGCGCUCUUCGAAUAAGAACGGACAAGGUUUAACGACCCUGUAAAAGGAAUAAUCAAAUUACUGCCUCGAAACUGGGGAAAGUGACCACCGGAGUCGGCGCGUCACUGCAAACCGCUCCCAAGCCCGACUUGGGCAUUUGCAGGGAGUGCGAAGAGAAGACGGGAGGGGGUGGUCACUGUGGGUGCUCUCACCUAAACAAUGGUACAAACGAUCUUAGCUCUAAUUGUAAUAUUCCUAUUGACGAAGUUAGGGCAUAUAUUAUAGGUAUAGAACGAUGACCUCUAUCGGCGAGACGACGGACGUCCCGUCGACGCUCGCUCGUAAAGACCAUAUUGCACGGACUGGGCUUCGCAGCCGGAUAGAUUUCGUUCUCGACGCGAAACCGUGUAAACGAUGCGCGUCGCGUUGUACGCUCGGCCGUAUCAAACGUCUCGUGCACUCGGUGAAAUGCUCCUUGCAGUAUUGCCUUUACCUGGAAAUACGGUCUACUCGCAUUGAAGGCUAUGACGGACCUACAUCACGAGAAACUACUGCUGUACAGUAUCUUUUUGUAAAUAACUUUAAUUCUAAUUAAAUACGGUAAAAGAUAUUCAUCCGUUGUAAACCAACAUGCUUAUUGAUGGAUAUAGCGCAUAUAGUGUUCCUUUCGUUUAGAACUUUAGUGACGGCUUGUGGGGGCGAGUUGAGCCUAGGGGCCACCGGGCUUCACCCUGGAUACGAUCAAACGAGCACGAUGUAUCUCCGCUGAUACUGUGACGCGACUUCGUGGUACCGAUUCAUUUGUGACGAUCGACCAACCGGAGAUAUAUAUUCCUACGAGGUAAGCCGUGGAAGUAAGACGUUACGGGCAUCCCGUAGUAACGAUGUGCUAUAUUCUAUCAAUUUACGGUAUUAAUCUACGUUAAUUUAACGGAACAGUAGCGGUUAAAUAGUAGUCUCCUAAACGUGGCUGUUUAUUUGAAUCAUACAUCGGACGACGGUUUUGUUUUCACGUUAUCAAGUGAAUUCUGAAGGACUGAGGCCAAUCGCGAAGUUAUUUCUUCUUCUUUUUUUUUUUUUCCUUUCUCUCGGUUUAACGUGCACGCAACUCUCCUCUUUGAUUACGAGCGCAACUAACAGGGGGGGAAGAGAAUUUCUGCUGAAAACUUGAAACACCAAUUUCAUCAGUAUUAUGUCCGCGCGAUUUCGCGACACCCGGAGAAGAUAAACGUCUUUCGGUCGGAGCACAAUUUAGCCCGUUAUCGUGCAUCGCUCACGUGAAUUAACGUUGCAUAGGAAAGCUCGUUUUUCUUUUUUUUUUUUCUCGCACUCGAGAACGGUUCGAGCAAUUUUCGCAAAUUGUAUUAUCGGUAUCGGAGUGAAAUCGGACAAAGGGAUUUUAUCGGCACCCUCGAGGAACCGCGCCGAGUGAGCGGUCGAAAAUUCUAAGCUAUCGAGGGAAACUCGGCAAACCGAUUCGACGCGGAUCCGUACCAGAUCGGACGUGCCUACGUAAUGCGAGAAAUACUGCCAGAGUGGCACCGCCCAUAACUCCCCUGCUUGCGUAGUGGUUACUACAUUUAUAUCCUUUGUGAUUAAAAGAGGAGAUAUACUUAAAGUGAUUCAUGUAGAUUAUACAAAUUUUAUAUAAAAAUGUAUUUAUAUUCUGAUACGCCCAUAAACCGGCGUACAAUGAUGAAUUAGAUGCGGUCAAGUUUCUAUUCACAUAAUUACAGUAUAACAUCACUGAAGUUAGAUUUUAAUAUUACUUAUAUUAAGUGCGACUAUUGUAUAUUAUUUGUAUAUAUGACAAAUAGAUUAAUAAUAUAAGAAAA